CAUUAAUCACGUGAUUUGAUUCAAAGAAAAUGGGUCGGCUACGAAAGAAGAGAAUGCACGUCAACGACAAGUCCAUCAAAAAGAAACACAGGACAAGACGGAGGAUCAAGGAUCUGGACCAAAUAACUGAAGACAUGGAGCCGGAGAAUGCAGCGAAAAUGAGCAACCAGCCAAGAGACCAGGACCUCCCAGGGGAAGGACAGCAUUAUUGCCUACACUGCGCGCGUUACUUUAUUAACGAGGACGCAUUGAAAAAACACUUUAAAAGCAAGCUUCACAAGAGAAGGUUGACUGCUUUGAGAGAGCCGGUGUAUACUCAAAAAGAAGCCGAGAUGGCUGCCGGAAUGGGUCACUACGUCUUACCCCCUCCUCCUCUUGACGUGGGAAUGAAACAACCUGGAAUGGGAAUCAGCCCGGGCAGUAUGGGAACGAGUCUUGAGAAGAGGGUAGAGAGAAAAGACAAGAAAGAGAAUGACAUUAACGAUUUAAUUCAAGUUAGCAAACAACUAAAAACAAUGACAAUGUAAUAAAAUAAUCAACAUUAUAAUACUGCAAAUCGUUAAUAUUAAUCUGUAAAAACACUAACAAUAAAAUGAAUCAUAAAAUAA